AUGGCGUUCCCGUGUCCCGCUAUUGCAUUUGAUUUCGACCCGGAUUUCCAAACGCCGUUAAUCGUGGGUGAAUCGUUGGAUUUCUCGGAUUCUGAAGAAUCUCAGUUUCUCGGUGCAUUUUCAGACGGCCUGUGGGCCAAGUCUGAGCAUUUCCUGUCUAUGUCUGGUUUCCAAAAGCCGGGAGCUAGCUCUGUACUUGAUUACGCUGCCACACGAUCGUUGCAUGAUGCUAGUUCGUUCACAACUUACGGCCAAUCUCCCUACGUGACUACUUCUCUUGUUCCUUCCCCUAUGGCCGACCAGGCUAGCCAGAUCUCGGACUGUGUCCCAUAUAUUCCCGGUACCGAGUAUGGUAGUUCAUACGAGGAGGCUCCAUCCCCAUUGAUGAGCAACCGCUCCCGCCAACUACCCGAGAUUGUUACUUACAGCCCUCAAAGGGGAUGUGAGGGAACUCGGGUUGUGGUGCAGAUCCAGUCUCCUUACGAUCUGCAUAGUUCCGCGUUUGGAACCCUAUAUGUGGCAUUCGGUUCAAAGAGAUGCGAAUGCAUCCCAACAUUUUUGGGAUUCGAGGGCUCCACUUUCCAAUAUGCCCUCGCCGCUGAUGCGCCUCAAUUCAUUACCACUGGCUCGCCCUCGUUUGCUGUGCCUUUGCAGGUGGUGUUGGAAGCGCAAGGGGAUUACCCGGCCGCAACCUUGCAAGUCGGUGUCUACACCUAUGAACAUAUGCCACAGUCAUCGGCAUCUGGAGCCUCGCACAAGAGGAAGUACUCAUCGUACUCCGACAACCCCGUGCCGGCGGCAUCGGUCAAGCGACCAACUGGGCCGAUCGCGCCUAAGGUCGAUUCUCAAGAGAACUACUCCUACCGUGACAACACCCACAGUCGCUCCACUUCCACCUCUUACUCUCCAUAUGUGCAGUCUCUUCCUGCUAUUCCGGGCUUUGUGGCUCCUUACCAUGCUGCUUCUUCCCCUCGCACCGCUGCUGCUCAAUACUCAACAGUCUCCGCCACACCUCACAACGGCAUCCGUGCGCCCUCUCCUCUUACUCCCGCUUGGAGCCCUUCAUUCGUCUCCGUCGGACCUGAUGGCAGGGCAGCAAGUAUCCAAUCGGGUCUUUCCAUCGCCCAUGGAAUCCCACAGCGCAGGGGACCUUCCCCAGGACGCGGCUCCGUUCCCACACUCAUCCGCACCUCGACUCUGCAGCAGUCAUCGACCAUGGCUCACACCCAAGUCUUCAACCCUUAUACCAUUUACCCUACCAAGGCCAUCCUCAAGUUGAACGGAGAUCUGGAUACUAUGGCUGAGGGAUGGAGCAAGGAAGAGUGCACUAUUCAGCGACGUCUUGUCCAGUUCACCCGUUCCCAGUCCGGUAGCACAAUUCACGCUGACUUCAAGCCUGUGACCCCUGAGGAGCGCACACCUAACAGCAUCUGCAUCAGCUGUAUCGCCUGGGAGGGCAAGACUGAAUGCUUCGUGACCAGUGUUGACACCAUCUACCUGCUGGAGUCUCUGGUCGCUGUUCGGUUCACUGUUGAAGAGAAGAACCGUAUUCGCCGCAACCUGGAAGGAUUCCGCCCUCUGACUGUUUCCAAAGCCAAGGCCGACAGCGAAGAUUUCUUCAAGGUCAUCAUGGGUUUCCCUGCACCCAAACCACGAAACAUUGAGAAAGACGUAAAGGUCUUCCCCUGGAAGAUUCUCAGCCAUGCCCUGAAGAAGAUCAUUGGGAAAUACUCCGCUAGUUAUUCCUCCACCGCAGGCUCUUUGCACACCCCGAUGACAACAUACGCUAGCCACGGCACGGGCUCCGAUUCAGGCACUGAGGCUCACACUGCCCCCUCUCCUCGCUCAGUCUCUGAUGCUGGACCGACACCGAACUACCACGCCAACCUGGCGCCCGCGGUCUACUCAACACAACCAGAUCAGUGUGCCUCUUUGACUGCUGCCGCUGAUCUCCGGGCGAUUAUGCCUGCGGCCACACAGCCGUAUACCACCAUGGGUAUGGGUAGCUACACCUAUCCCGCCAUUUGCCAGCCUCAUGGCACCCACAGCUUGGUGGCCCCAGCUCCACGGUCAGCAUGGGAUAUCCAUGCUCUUGGUACCACAGCACCCUCCACGGCUGCACCGGCUAGCGCCUGCUACACCUAUAUGGAGCCCGUGUACCCGCUGCACGACUCGGCACCUGGUCAUCAUGGUCCAUGA